UGUAUCUUACAGAGUAGAACAGAGAACAGAGCACUGCCAGCUGCGUGCUGACUAACCCCUACUCUUAAAGUCCAGCUUCCCCGCGUUUCUCUUUCUUCUCCUCUUCUCCUCUUCUCUCCGCUGCACCUCGUCUUCUACUCAUCAUCCCUUCGGAGAGAAGUCUUGAUUUCACCAUGCAUUCCUCUCUCUUCCUUCGUGCUCGGGGCCUGCCAUUGGCGAAGGCCAGCCUCGCUCGCUCCGGCGUUCGCGCCAUGGGCUCCUACGCCACCUUCAAGGUCCCUCGAAUUGACAACGAACCCAACAAACACUACGCCCCCGGAUCGCCCGAUCGCAAGGGCCUGGAAGAAGCUCUGGCCAAGCACAAGCAGAACUCUCCCCUCAACGUUCCUCUGGUGAUUGCGGGCAAGGAGAUCAACAGCUCUCAAUCCUUCACUCAGGCCAGCCCCUCCACCCACGCCCCUCUGGCCACUUACUCCCAUGCCUCCGCAGCCGAUGUCCAGGCCGCGAUCGACGCCGCUCUGAAGGCUCGCACGUCUUGGGCCGCCACCUCCUUCGCCGACCGUGCCAGCGUUUUCCUGAAGGCGGCCGACCUGAUCUCGACUAAGUACCGCUACGACAUCAUGGCUCUGACCAUGCACGGUCAGGGCAAGAACGCCUGGCAGGCUGAGAUUGACUCGGCGGCCGAGCUGUGCGACUUCUUCCGCUUCGGUGUCAAGUACGCCGAGGAGCUGUAUGCCCAGCAGCCGGUGCACCACGCCCCGGGAGUCUGGAACCGCGUCGAAUACCGCCCUCUGGAGGGUUUCGUCUAUGCCAUUAGUCCUUUCAACUUCACUGCCAUCGGUGGUAACCUGGCCGGUGCUCCCGCUCUCAUGGGUAACGUGGUCGUCUGGAAGCCUUCGCCGUCUGCCAUCGCCUCCAACUGGCUGGUCCACCAGAUCCUCCUUGAGGCCGGUCUGCCCAAGGACGUCAUCCAGUUCGUUCCCGGAGAGGCCGAGGAAGUCACCAACACCGUGCUCAACCACCCCGAGUUUGCCGCUCUCCACUUCACCGGUAGCACCAGCGUCUUCCGCAGCCUCUACGGACAGAUUGCCAACCGUGUUGCCGAGGGCAAGUACCGCAGCUACCCUCGCAUCGUCGGUGAGACCGGCGGAAAGAACUUCCACCUCGUUCACAAGUCGGCCGACGUUCGCAACGCCGUCGUUCAGACCAUCCGUGGUGCCUUUGAGUUCCAGGGCCAGAAGUGCAGUGCCACCUCCCGCGCGUACGUUGCCAACUCGAUCUCCAAGGAGUUCCUCGAGGACAUCGCGGCCGAGGCCAAGAAGCUCAAGGUCGGCGAGCCGUCCGACUUCACCAACUUCUGCGGUCCCGUCAUCCACGAGGCUUCGUUCAACAAGCUGGCCCAGGUCAUCGACGAGGCCAAGCAGGACCCCGAGCUGAAGCUGAUCGCCGGAGGCACCUACGACUCCUCCAAGGGCUGGUACAUCCAGCCUACCAUCUACCACACCACCAAUCCCGACCACCCUCUCCUGUCCCGUGAACUCUUCGGCCCUGUUCUCGUGAUCCACACCUACGAGGAUGCCACUGACGCCGACUUCACCAAGAUCUGCGAGAAGGUCGACCAGACCGGUGACUACGGUCUGACCGGCGCCGUCUUUGCCCGCGACCGUGAGGUCCUCCGCCUGGCCGACGACGCUCUGAGGAACACCGCCGGUAACUUCUACCUCAACUGCAAGAGCACCGGUGCCGUCGUCGGACAGCAGCCCUUCGGAGGUGCGCGUGCCUCGGGCACCAACGACAAGGCCGGCAGUGGAAACCUGCUUUCUCGCUUCGUCAGCCUGCGUUCCAUCAAGGAGGAGUUCUGCCCUACCUACAACGUCCCCUACCCCAGCAACGCCUAAGCUAAACCUAUUGGCUUGCGAGAUUUGAUCUGAUAUUUUUGCUCUUUCCUUGACUUUUUGGUCUAUAUUAUAUUCCCCCAUUGUUGGUGUGUACUCCAUUUGCUCGUCUCAUGUUGCAUCAUAUUAGGCGUUUUGUAUGACAGACUCUUUGGCGAUAUAAAAAGCUUCGCUUAUGAAUGUUAUGGCAAUUGACUGUAUCUGAAUGAAAACUCUAUAUAUCAUUACAAGUUCUCUACACCGUAUCCAAGAUCAAUGAUUAUCUAUACAGGUUCGCUCCGACUUCUCCAGAAACUCCUUCAUACUGCGCAUCGCCUUCGCCGCGUACUCUUCGGGAUCAUACUGUUUCCCCCGACCAUCCGGCCCUCCAUCAAACACCUCCAUGGAGAACCAUCCUCGAAACCCCGUCUUCAGCACCGCUCUCGCCACCGCCUCAAUGGGCAUGUAUCCCCCAUCAUACGGCAACGGGCGAUAGUCAUGACUCCAUCGCGCGCGCGGCCACAUCCCAUCCAGCCUCUCCGCCUCCAGCGGCGUCGUCGGCUUAUACGCAUCCGACACCUGCAGCAGAUAGAUCUUUUCCGGGGGCACCUCCCUCGCCAGUUCCGCCAGCGACUGCUCCAGCCGCUGAUUCAUCAGUCCGAGGGGAUUGUCUUCCAUGCGCCCGGACUCCGUUGUCGGAUCGGCCCAUUCCGAGCCCGCCGUCUGGAACGUAUCCAGACAUAAUCCAACGUUCGGGCGCUUCACGUCGCGCACGAUCUCCCAUACAUCCUUCCAUGUUGGCGCGUGCGUCGACCAGCACCAGUUCUCGUAUGCGACCCGCAUGUCCCGCUCGGCGAGCAGAUCCGACAGUUCGCGUAAAUCGGCGAUGACGUUCUCGCGACUCGGGGAGAGGUUUUCCACGGGUACAUCGGUCGAUCCGACCUUUAUCAAAUCUUUGUUAGCUUGAAUCGUACUUUCUACCCCGCCCCCCUCCCCAAUUGAUCCAUAAGAUAAACUAUAGUUAGGAAAAAGCGAAUGAACACACCUGUAAGAUCUUCGUCUCCAACUUCCCCAUAACCGCAAUCCACCUCCUCGCUCUCCGAAACGCAUCAUCCCUCUCCCUCGACCCCCUCGGCCAACCCUCGAAAUUCGCAAACGGCUGCAGCAUCAUCACCUCCAGCCCAUGCUCGCGACACAGCUCGUGAACCUUCCCCGCGACCUGGACUAACUCAUCCUCGUUGUCGUCUGCCACGGCAUGGCCCAAUACAUGAGCGCCGUAGUCGAGGAGAUCCGGGAAUGCGAGCUCGAUGCCCGUGAAGCCUGCUUUGGAGAUGGCGGCGAGUUUGGCGGGGAGGGAGGAGGCGUUGAUGGAGCAGGUGGCAUAGGAGAAGGGGAUUUGUCGGUAGGGUUGGGAUGACAUUCUCCUUUCUUUUUGUUCGUUUCUUCUUGCUAGGGGUUAAAAGUCCAUGUAUAGGAUUUGAAAUUGAACUUUGUCUUCUCAGGAACAGAGUAAGAGUUUUUUUGGGGGGAGUGAGUUAGUGAGUUAAAGUGAGUGAACUAUAGGAAGGUGGAUGAUGUAAUGAUGAGAUGAAGUCAAUUGGGAUCCACCGGUCUUGACUACACAGUAAAGUAGCUGAUGCUGUAGACAUGAUGUAACCCUAUUUUCUACCCGGUUUGCUGUCUAUUUAGUCAUCGUGGAAUGUCCGAAGUAUAUA